AUGCCUAUUCUGUCAGUUCUCGGUGGAUCUGAAAGCGAAGCGAAGUCGAGAGAACAAACAAGUGAAAGAACUCAAUUCAGGUUUGAAUUCACUGGAGAACGCGAUGUCAGCCGUGAACCCUCGUUCCUGCACACCUCAGCCAAUUUUGGUCAACACAUGGAGGCACCCGCGAGCCGCCUCGACACUUCUGGCCACCGUCUCGACACUUCUGGCCACCGUCUCGACACUUCUGGCCACGCGAGCCGCCUUGACACUUCUGCCAGUCGGCUGAAUACCUCUGGUCAACGGGUCGAGUUUGCCGACAUCUCAGGUGGCACGGCUGUCAAUAACUACGGAUACGACGUGCAUGAAGUACACACAUCAGAGGGCGGUGCUCGAGUGGUCGAGACGCACGGCACUGGGCCACUUUUGGAGACGUCCAGAAUGGAGAGCACUCGAAUAGAAGAAGUGGUCGAGAGACCGGGAGUGGCUCGGACUAAUGGCUAUCGGGCAGAAGUUCCCUACACAGGAGUACUCAAAACUCCAUCUGCUCUUCGGACGUCGUCUCAGAGCCAAGUGUUUACCGUACCGUCUCCACCUAUUGCAAGGACAGAUUCGUGGCGGCAAAUACAAAGCGAUCAAGACGCUUUUAUGCGGAAGGACAGCUACAGAAAGAUGCAGCAGUCCGACGAGCUGAUGGGAUCCGGAGAAAACUCCAAGUCUUACGCGCCUCAAUCACAAACGUCACUUAUGACUCGCAGUACCAGCCACCGAGAUGAGGGUGACGGUGGUUGUUGGCAGAGAACCCGUGACUACCUCAAGGAACUUUACCAUAAUACCAGAGAUCGCGAGAUGACUCCACGAUUAUUAGCCAGUUUAUGCUGUAUACUUUUGUUGUUAUUACUUCUUCUCAUUCUCAUUGGAAUCAUUCUCAACGCCAUUUUCAAUGCCUACUCGGUUCGUUUUAGCUUUCGUCUACUCACAUGGGUGGGCCGAGUUUCUCUGAUGGUGCGACGAACUGCGUCGAAGAAUCCAACUGGUCUCCGGCUGCAAUGCCCUCAGGUCCCCUUUUCGUCCACUUCUACUCCUCCAAUCAAGCUCAUUUCGAGUUACGCGGAAAUCCCCCUUUCAAAAGCAAUUCUUUCACUGCCAUCGAUUUUGAGACGUGAAAAACUUUUUGUAUAUUACGGCGACGCUGCUGGAUAUAUUGCAAUUGCUGACCAUGCAUUAACGGAUUCGAAUGGACGCCAUUUUACCUGCUUUAUCAUGCCGCUAGACCGUUCUGCGAUUUCCAGUAUGGAUGCACUGAAGGAGGCCGUCAGCGAGAGCGACUAUGAGAUCCAAGCUCACUUUGGCUGGCAAGAAUUUUGGCAAUUCGACGCCGAACCGAUCGAACCGGUGGCCGCAAAUUCUAAGUUCACAGAUAAAAUCGAGGACUGCUCUGGAGCAAAGUGGUACCUCCUCAAGCAGGCUGUACACAGCAGAGACGCUUCGUGCUCGGAUUGUUACGACUUCUGCCUUCCUGACUGGGCAGUAGUCAGAAAGGAGAAAUAUGAAGACCAGAGCACGAUUGGAGUUCGACGACUUGACUGCUUCCGAUUGUAUGUUCCCGAGUGGAAGAAUUUCAGGCACGUCUUUUCUGCCUCUUUUCGACACAGGUCGAAACAGAUCCUACAGGCGGCCACUGGCAGUAUCCGUUGGCAAGCCAGAGCACGAAACGAGACAAAAGUGGAAACUGGGUCUCGUGGGUACCCACUGGAAAUGUGGCACAGACGAGACGGCGACGACGACGAUAGAAACUCGCGAUCUCCCGACGGCAUUCACCAAUUCAGCCUUGUGCACCUUGCCUGA